GAAAAGCGUCCGCGUGUGGUUUUUUCGUGUCCGCAUUACAAAGGAUUUUCCCUGGUGUAGAAGUAGACUGAGGCAGUGAAUUGGGGCGCUACGUGUGGCAUAAGACCUGCAGAAGGUAAAACGAUUGAGAAAGUGGUGAGAGCAGGAGCGUGAGGAGUGGAAAAAGGUGCGAAAGUUCAGGGGAUGUUACAGCGUCCAUUGCAUUGAGAGAUUCUUCUCGCGGUGCAUUUUGGGGGCGCUAGGCGCUGAAUUGCAGGAUGUCGCUCUUCAUAACACACGUGGAGACAUGCAGGGGGGGCAACUUCCUCAAGAUCUACGGGCAGAUGGACACGGAGGAGGCGAUUAAGAUCGAGACGGCGAUCAAAACCAUUGUGGCUCGCUCGCAGACUCGACAGACACCCUUUCGCCCCAGUGAUGUGCAGGUGGGCGUGCGGUGUCUCACGGUGUACACGGAUGGGGCGCACUAUCGGGCCAAGAUUGUGAAGGUGGCGGAGCGGGAUCUGGUGUCCGUGCUGUUCAUUGACUAUGGAAACACGGCAACGGUGCACAUUAGCGAACUACUUUCGCUGCACACCAAGUCAGAGGAGACCGCGUAUCUCCUCGGCACCGCCCCGCAGGCCCACGAGUACAUAUUGGCGCGCAUCUGUGGCCCGUGGAGUCAGAAGCAGCUAGAGGACAUCAAGGAAGAGAUCCGCAACGAUACACAUUCAUACCACUUGGAAGACAAGGUCGAUCGCAUUCCUAUAAUCGGUGUUCUGUAUAGAAACUUCGAUUACAGUCAGUAUUUGAUCGAGAAGUGUCAGAUUGGCACGUUUAUUUCGGUGAAGAAUCAGAAAGAGUCACUGUUGGCGGGCAGAUUGAUCACAUCACCACCGCAAACGCCACAGAAGACGAUUCCGGAGAAGAUUGAGAAUCUCGUUAAUAUGCGAUAUCUUCAAUCGUCUGGCGUGGUGAAGAAGAAUCUAGAAUUGCAGUCAUCGACAAAUCCCUUCCUAUCGCAGAACACUCAAUCGACGCUUCAGCAGAAGAUGGCACCGCAGAAGGGAAAGGCGACUGAAGAGUCUGCUGGUGGAUCAGAGAAGAGCCUCAGACAGUUGAUUCUGCCCGUGAAUUCCUUCCACGAAGUCACGUGUUCUCACGUGGAAGAUGGCUAUCGACUGUUCUCGCUGCAGCUGAAGACGAAGGAGUCUGAGCUGAGAAAGCUGAUGAAUGAUCUGUCGCACACGCCACUGCAGCAACUGAGUCAGCCGAAGUUGGGCAUGUCGUGCAUUGUGCGCCAUGAAAAGAGUGGACGAUUGUAUCGUGGCGUGAUUACAAACAUCAUGCCAGCCUCUUGCAUUGUCUACUUCGUGGAUUUUGGCAACACGGAGAAUGUUGCGUGUGGCAAUAUGUUUGAGAUGCCCGCCCACUUCCUGCGCUACAAGAUGUUCGCGGUCAAGAGCACACUGGCCAAUUGUGAAGAGUUGGGCGACAGACACGCACUGAAGGACUUCUUCCAACAGUUGAUAUACAAGAAGGAUCUGAGCAUGAAGGUGUUGCUGAGUCAGGGAUCGUCUUUUGUGCUCUGCUGUGAGCUGUUCAUCAAUCGAACGAGCGUGAUGGAUGAGCUGAAGCGCAUUCAGAUGUUUGGACUUCAGUAUCAGCCCACCGUGAGACUGUCUCCGGACUUUCAUGGGCCAGUGAUUGUGCGCUAUGUUGAUUCACCGAAGAAGUUCUAUGUGCAGCUGGUGAGCAACACAUCUGACCAUGAUGUGCUGAUGGACAAGCUCUCGAUUUACUGUCAGAAGCAGGGAAAACCGAUGUCGGAAGUGAAACCGGGAGCGCUGUGUUCGGUCUCUGUGGACAACGAUGUGGAUUGGUAUCGUGGGCGUGUGGUGGAUGUGAAGAGGGCGGAGAGGAAGGUGUCCGUGAGACUGGUGGACUAUGGGAAGAUCAUUGAUGUGCCGUCAUCAGCGCUGCGAGAGAUUGGCUAUCAAUUCACACAGAUGCCGCCUCAGGUCUAUGAAUGUUGUAUCAAGGGCUUCGAGAGCAUCUUCGACAUCAGCGAGAACUCGGCCAAUGCCUUCGAGAUGCUCGUUGAGGAUGCCGAAGGAGAGCGGAAGACCCUCAAUAUGCAUAUUGUGGAUUAUUUGACUGAGGAGACGCUGCUUGUGAAUCUAUUCGAUGAGACACAAAUGCCACCGGUGAACAUCUCCAAGAGUCUCUGCCGAUCGCAAAUGCCGUACAAGGACUUUGUCAAUAUGUUCGAGAAGAAGGCGCCGAAUGUGCGCAAGCGAGAGGCGUUCAAGAGGAAUGAGAUUGUCGGCGAGAUGACGACAGAGCAGGGAAACUUUACAACAUCCAGUGAUGUGGACACAUAUCCGACGAGACCAGUUGAGGAGAGGAGCGAGAGGAUUGAGAAGAACUCGUGGAAUAAUGGCAACUCUCCGUCAGAGCGAUCAUCAUUCGAUGGGGAGAAUGGCAAGAUGCGUCAAGGCUUCAGGAAUCAAGGUGACAAGAGGAAUAAUAAUAACAACAGCGUCAAUUUGAUGGAGAAGCCAAGACGUGUGAAUGCUGGACUUCCGGCAUUUGCUGACAAUACCAAAGGGCAUAAUCCUGCCUUUUCCACCAGCAAAACCAAUCAGCGUUUUGCGAAAAACAGCAAGACGAAAGGUUUCGAGCGACGCGACAAUGCACCAAGAGACGGAAAGGCUUACGAUCGUGGAAGUGAUCGCAACAAUGAUCGCGGGAUUGAGCGCAACAUUGACCGUGGCGGCGUUCGGAAGAAUGUGAAAGGCGCCAAAGAGUCCUCACCGAGAGCGUAUCAAGCGAAUAAUCACGCUGAAUCGACAGAAAAAGACUGGAAUGUGAGCUCAGCUCAUGAAUCAAAGACUGUGGAUAGUAUUUCGCUCUCGAGUGCUGAUUACAAAGCGAACGAAGUGACUUUUGAUGUGGAUUUCGAUGUGGUCUUCACGUAUUGGAUGGAUCCGGAGGAGUUUUACGUCCAGCUCACGGCGCAGCGUGAUGAAUAUGAGGCUAUGAUGAGGGAGAUUCAGGAGGAGUAUGUGGGCAAGAGGCCCAUCGGCAGCACUCGCUAUGAGAAUGGGUGGUGCGUGAUUGCGCGACAUAGUCGAGAUGAGGUGCUUUAUCGUGCCAAAGUGUAUGAUUACAACAGGAAGUUGAACAAAUACAAGGUGCUAUUUGUCGAUCGGGGAAAUCGUGGCGUUGUGACGCCGGAUCUCAUGUGGCCAAUUAUGGAGCGCUUCAUGAAGUUGCCCAGCAUGGCCAUUAGAUGCUCUCUGGCCAAUAAUGUGCCGCUGAACUUUGAGCAACAGGAUAUUUCACCACAGAUAAGCAAUUAUGUGAAUGACACAAUGAAGAUCACGUGUAAAUUCAACGAACUGGUAAAUGGCGUUCAUCUGGUGAGUGUGAAUGCGAAGCGAGGAGACUUGCUGAACGCUCUGGUGGCGGAUGGACUGGUGAAAAUGCCCAAAGAUGAGGAGGAGACGACAAUGCUAUUUGAUAAUGUGAAGGUGAAUGCCAAGCUGCUCAUUGGCCAGACAAUUCGCGUGAAGAUCAUGAAUGUGGAGAGUCUGGAGAAGUUUCAGGUGUCCUUUGAGCACUCCAACACUGUCCUUUCGGCCACAUAUUACGACAUGAACUACGCAAAAGUCCUCGUGGACAAUGCUCUGGAGCAGCUGAAGAGACUCGAUGGCUCAUUCUGCAAGAUUCACGUGAUGGACGUUGGAACGAAUGAUAUUCUCCAACUGAAGAUCCUCUCGCGAUCAUUCCUCGAGGAGCCGCCACUCAUCUGUCCAACGGCUGUCUUUGAGAACACCUUCACAGUGAUGGUGGCUUUUGUGGAGUCCUUGAAUGUGAUUCACGUGCAGAAGAGUCAAUUUGCCAAUCUCCUGACGCAACUCAUCAACGAGAUGUACAGCCACUAUGAGUCUGACGUCUCCAGUUCCCACUAUUCCUUCGAUGUGGCGCCCAAGAAGAUGUACGCCGUGAAGUCCGGCGAUUCCAAUUGGUAUCGUGGCGAAGUGUUGAAGAUCAGUGGUGAUGAUGUGACGGUGAAGUACAUUGAUUAUGGCAACACGGAAGUGGUGAAGAUGAACAAUUUGAGGAAUCUCACGGGCUAUUUCUCACAAGACAGCGGUUAUGCGACCAGAAUCUUCCUGCCUCUCGUCCCGAUGGAGGGCAGUUCGCCAGAGGUGGCUGACAAUGAGUUGGGCAGAAUGAUUGUCAAUGUGAUGCCGACAAUUACGAUUCUGAGGAAGUACAGAGGCGAGUGUAUAGCUGACUUGCAGGUCAAUGGAUGCAGUGUGGCGCAGGAGUUGGAGAAGAAGGGAAUGGCCAAGAUGAUGGACACGGAUGAGUUUUGUCGUGAGAUGGACAAGAGGAGUGAUAUUCAGAUGCUUGACACGUCAAAGGACAGCAUUUCGGCAUUUGUCACGCACAUUGUCAAUCCCAAAAGCUUCUUCUUGCAGAACGCAGCUGAUGUGGAGGAGAUUGAGAAGCUGCAGGAGUCCAUGCAGAUUGUCGGUGAGUCUCUGCCACCGCUGGAGGACACGGAAGUGGGAAAAUUGUGUCUGGGCAAGUACUCAAUGGAUGACUUGUGGUACAGAGCAAAGAUUCUCGAUUCCACGGAUGACAUGACGACUGUUCAGUACAUUGAUUAUGGGAAUAUGGAUGUAAUCACUGAUAAAUCUUCACUAAAGGAGAUUUCCGAUGCUUUCGCCACAAUUAAGCCGUACGCUGUGCAUUGUGCUCUCCCUCUGAUUCCCAAGGAACACCAGGAUGACUGGAGUCAGGUGGCAAUUGAUGUCAUGCAGAAUCUCUUCAUGGAUCAUCCGGUGAAGUAUGCAAAGAUAUCUGAAGAGAUUGGACUUGCUUACGUGCAUCUGUUCUCCAAGGGUGGCUCGAGUGCUGAAGAGAUGCUGCUGAGGAAGAAUCUCGCAGAGCCAAUGAGUAUUAUUGAGGCAAAUUCGGAGGGAUUUGUGUGUCACUUCAACACUUUGACGGACUUUUACAUGCAACUCAUGCAAGACACGGCGGAUUUGGAGUUUAUUUCGGAGUCUCUCGAUGAGGUGGGCAAAAAGGGUGAAACGCUGACGACGAGUCUGGAGGAGGGACGAAUGUAUGCUGCUCUGUAUCCAGGAGAUAAUUGCUGGUAUCGCGCCAAAUUGCUUCACUCAACAGCUGGUGAAUUGGAGGUGAUUUUUGUGGACUUUGGCAACACUGCCAUCACGAGUUGUGUGAAGAAUCUGCCACAGCACAUUGCAGAGUUGCCCAUUUUGUCCAGGAAGUGCUCCUUGGCAGCACCCAAGAGUGGACAGUGGUCGAAGGAGGCGCAGAAGAAGUUUGUGGACAUUGCCAAGGAUGGUGAGACACUCUUUGAGAUUGUUCCCGUUGCUCCGGGUGAGACAACAAGUGUGCGACUGUUUCUGGACAAGAAGAACAUCGAGGAGAUGCUGAUUGAGGAGGAUAAAGAGGCGAUUCCCUUCGUCAAUGCCACUGUGAGUCACAUCAAUUCUCCCGGAGAUUUCUAUUUGCAUCUCACAGCAGAGUCUGCCACUCUGGAUCGAGUGCUGAAUCAUCUGGAGGAACCUCAGUGUGUUCCAGUGGCUUCGCGUGAGGUGAAUAACAUCUGUGCUGCCACUUUUUCCACGGACAAAUGUGUCUAUCGUGCCCGGAUUGAGGCGCCUGAGGAGGAUGACAAAUACAAGGUGUUCUUCAUUGACUACGGAAACACGACUGUGACCAGUGAUAUCUGGGAAUUGUCACAGGAGAUGAAGGAUAUCGAACCGCUGGCGCUCAGAUGCUCGCUUGUGAAGGAAUUCUCUGGGGAUUGGAGUGAAGAGCAGCGCGAGAAAUUUGUGGAAUUCGCUAAGGGUGGCGAACAGAUCUUCCAAGUGGAGUUCCUGGACAAGUCUUCCUCGCCAGCUAUUGUCAGGCUCCUGAUCAAUGACGAAGAGAUGUUUCUGGGUGUGGCGCCAGGGGUGAAUGUGACGGAGAAUGAGUCUGAGGCGCAAGACAUGACAUCGGAGUCGAGGUUGAUUGUGGAGGAGCUCGUGGAGAAUGGCAUGGAUCGGCGUGAGAUGCAGCAAUUGACUGAGGAGAUUGUCACCAUGUCCAUUGCUCGUGGUGACGCUCAAGUGAUCACUGAGGAGAUUGCCGAGUUGUCCAUCAGCCAGUGUGAAGAGCAGAAGAGUGAGGAGAACUUCCAGGUGUCCGAGGCCAAGGAGGCGAACGACAGUGGCACCAGCACUCAAACCUCCAGUGAUGCUAAUGUGAUCCUCGAGUGAAUUGAGCGAUCAUACAAAAAAUAAUCCCACUCCAAGUGAUUCAACAUUUAAAUGAUAUUUUUAUAAGAAUUAUUUACCCAGAGUUACUCAUUUACUACUUAUUUUCUCUUAACUACUUGAAGUACUUUGUUCCUUAUUUUUUUGAUAUUUGAAGUUAAUUAUCCUACUACAUUUAUGUGAAUUAAAUAUUGUUUUGACGAAGUCGAAGAAUAAAAACAGUGAAAUAUUGAUAAA